UGAGCCAGUAAAACUAGAUCCUUUCAUCUCGGCGGAGCUUACUGACAACCAGCCGUCUGGUUUCCUAGGAAACAAAAUCUUGGCUAGAAAUAGUGAAUCAUUUCCAGGUCACUUUCAACAUGGAGAGUGGAGCAGGGAAGCAUUGGACUGAGGAGGAGGUUAAAGCCUUGUUAAGCGUCUGGUCAGAAAAAAAUAUCAGAAAGCAACUGCACGGCACUCUGAGGAAUAAAGGAAUAUUUAUCUACAUUGCUAAAAGGUUGCAGGAGUUGGGAGUGUGCAGGGACUGGAAACAGUGCCGUGCAAAGUACAAAAACCUCAAGUACGAAUACAGAACGGUUAAAUAUGCCCACAACUCUGGGGAUGUCACUAAAACCAUGAAGUUUUUCCAUGAUCUGGAUGCCAUAUUGCGAUAUGAGCCUGUCACACAAUUAGCAGCAGAAGAAAACGGCAGGUGUUCUGCGACUGAGACGCAGCUGAACACAAGCCCCACAACAGACAGCACGCAAGGUGAAACACCAGUUUCUUUAGAAGAUGAUGAGGAUGCUCCAGGAGAUCCACUACUUUUUAUAUCUCAUGCCAGACCAGUUCAACUAGGUAAUCCAGCGUCAGCAGUAGAGGCUUCCAAAGCAGCGGCUUUCAUUCCUACAGUGGCAAAUGAAGGAGGAAAACACUGGACUGUCAAUGAAGUCAGAGCUUUGAUACGCAUAUGGUCAGACAAAAAUAUCCAGCAACAAUUGGAGGGGACAGUGAGAAAUAAAAGAAUAUUUGAGCAGGUUGCUGCUAGACUGCAAAAGUUUGGAAUUGACAGGGACUGGAAGCAGUGCAGGACAAAAUACAAAAAUCUGAAACACGAAUACAAGAGUGUAAAAACUGCCCAAGACUCAGGGAGUACGAGUAAAAGUAUGAAAUUUUUUAAUGAACUGGAUGCUAUUCUGGGGCACUGCACAAUGGAACAAACAAGUAAAUCAGAUAAUGAUGAAAGUGAGAGGCCUCCAGAAUGGACAGAAGCAAAAUCAGAAAAGGAUUCCGUAGAAAUGCCUGGAGACACAGGUGAAGAGGACUCUGUUAGUAAUAUGUCAGAAGACCUACAGGUUGCAGAUAUAAAGAAAGUUUCUGAUUCAGAAACCCUUGAAGAUGAGGGGGACUUAGCCAACUCCACCCCAGCAGCUCUGGAAGCUACACAAAUAAAGAAGGAGACAAUUGAUAUAGAUGAAGAUUCUAUAAGCACUACCUCAGAAGACAGAUCUUGUACGCCAGUAGCAAAACAGAUGGUUGGGACAGACAAUCACAUUCCCUUGGAAGAAGCACAAAAUCACUUUAAAGUUAUUACAGUUAAUGAUACUGGAGCAGGAAAACACUGGAGUGAUAAUGAAGUUAGGGCUCUGAUAAACAUAUGGUCAGAUGAAAAGAUACAACAAAUGCUUGAAGGGGCCACAAGAAAUAAAGAAAUAUUUGAGGAAAUUGCCAGAAGAUUAAUGAAACGUGGUAUAGACAGAGACUGGAAACAAUGUCGCACAAAGUACAAGAACCUAAAAUAUGAAUACCGUGCACUGCAGAAAGAAAAUGAGCAUCUUGGAAAUCCCAGGAGAAAAAUGAGAUUUUAUGAUGAAGUUGACUCUAUCUUAAGAAGGCAGCCUCUGGGAACCUCAGGCUGGGGAUGUGAAAGCCCAAGUCUCCUAUCAGUUUCAGUGGGAGAUGCUACAGCAAACACAGGAUCUUUGAGUACCAAGAGAAAAACAUGGAAUGAUGAGGUGUCACCUGUUCCACUUAAGAAAAAUGCUUCUGAAAACACCAUACUCCACUUCCAAAAACUAUUAACAGAGAGAGUGCACACAGUAACAGAAGGCAAAAAGUUACUGUUUGAAAGGCUUUGUAAGCAGGAAGAAAUGCAAGACCUCAACAGAACACAGGUGUAUACUGAUCCAUCAGCCAUACAACAGUGUGCCUCUCCUUUUAGAAGAAACACUAACUUGAGGGAAGCACUUAGCACUGCUGAGACUACAAACUCCACUUUAAAUUCUGCAUGAUGCACAAAGAUGCAAAUCUUUCCAAAUCUUGCUGUCAUUCAGUACAAUGACCCAAACAAACCCUUAUCUCCUUCCAGAAGAUAAAAUAUAAGUUAUUUAGGUGAAUAUGAAUGAAUUUAGGCUGUUAUUUAGGUGAAAACAACACAAAAGCACUGAGGCAAACAACUCACUGAAUUCUUAGCAGGUCAGAGCAGAAAAUUGCAGAGCACACUUGCAUCUACUUGGAAAUGGUUCAUGUCAACACUAGGUGGUAGACAUGAAGCAAGAACUGACAGAAAAAAAGAACACAAGUGUGUUUACUUUCCAAGUAAAGGGCUUUUUCCCCUCAGAAAACUUUUCAGAGAGCAGGAUUUAACUGAAAAACAAAUGUUCAAAGAAGGUGUACUUCCCUUUGUGUGGGAUUCCUCUUCUAUUCUGCUUUGUGACUGCAAAGCAGAGCUCGCUUGUUGUAAAUGUUUUGUCAGAAAGCUGUCUCCUGCCCUGCCGUUCAUUUAUUGUCGAUCAAAGAUAGGAAGAGAUGUCAGAUGCAAGAUGGAGCAUUUGCAUCAUCUGAUAUUUGUGCACUACUCCCAUUUAUACAGAUAACAACUAAUUAUUUGAGACAGAUAAAGUGAUAUCAAGACAACCUUUCUUCACUGUGGUUGUAGUUACAAUUCAUACAUAACUUUUUGCUUAGAGACAUAACUUUUUGCCCAGAGACAAAAUUACCAGGAAUGCUGAGGUUUAGAAUUAUGGUUGCCUAGAGUUAUGAUUUGUCUCCUUUGGACAGCAUCCCCAGGGUAGUGACAACGGGCUAAAUAGAAUGUUGCUAGGCCAAAGGAUUUCUCAAAACAGUCCCUUCAGAAACAGUAUUAGUUAAUCUAACUCAACCUUCCAGUGUAUCUUUAUAUUCACUUAAACUUUUGCUGUGGCUCUUCUGUCUGUCAUCACAGCUUUACAUUUAUUACAGUCACACAAUAUUUAGUCCUGACACAAUUAUGGACCAGUGACGUGGAACAUGGGUCACCAUCUAACAUGUGCUAAAUGGUUAUGUGUAGGGAACUACCACAGGACUGCAGUGCUUUGGGAGGAGAGCCUUUCUUAGACAUAGAUCCUCAACAGAAAGGCCAGACCAAGUCAACAUGUCCAUGUAACUGAUCCUGGGAAUCUUAAUAUAAAUUAGAUUAUGAAAACGUUCCAGCUUAAAAAUCAAAACCAAGUAAUGAUGUCAAGAGCAUCAAUCCUAUAAAAACCAGAUUUUUGGUCUUCUCCCUCCUCAAAUAUCUGCAUUACUGCCAGAGGGCCAUUAAGAUUAGUGUGAGGGCAAAUCUGUCUCCUCCCCAGUUUGCAAAUGGCGAUACGAGAUUUUUCAGUUGUAGCAGAUAAAUGGAACUAUUACCACUCUGACUUGCAUUAAAAAGCUUCAUUCUUCUCUAAAACACACUUAUUCAGUAAGAUGAAUGGGUCACUUUAUACAUCUUUUAAUAGGACUGUUGGAAAGUCUUUUGCAUGCCCUUUUACAUUAUUUGAGAAACUGUUUGGGCCAAAGGCUUUGAGAGUGAGCUUCAGGAAGCAGAAAUGCUUGCACUGAUGGUGGAUCAACAAGCAGUAUCUGCAUCAUUGGCUUUAAAGACUCUGCCUGCAGUCAUCCUGUUUCUUACACAGCUGGGUCUCCUUUGUGUUGGCACAACCAUCCAUAUGGCCAAGUGUCUACCCAACUGACAGAACUGAUUUAAAUUAAAACUAACCUAAUAAAAAGCCCCUCCA